AUGUCCGGCAAGGAGAUAGCAAGGAAUUUUGGCAUUCCUGAAGGACAGUUCAGCAUGGUGUUCUGUACGUGGAUCAAUCUUCUGCAGAGCACCCUGAAGAAAGUUUUACACUUCCCAAAGGUACAUCAAAUCCAAGCAUAUUUACCCCCUUCAUUCAAAAAUUUUUCGAACACUCGUCUUGUCCUUGACACAACGGAACUUCGAAUCCAGCGGCCUAGUUCUCUCAAUGCACAACGCCAAACCUUUUCCAACUAUAAACAUUACAACACCUACAAACCGAUUAUGACCUACAAAGUCAUAAUCGGAUGCACACCAGAUGGGUACGUGGGUUUUGUGUCCAAGCUCUGGGGAGGAUCAGUAUCUGACAUUACCAUAGUGGAGGAAAGUGGAGUGCUUUGGCUUCUUGAACCAGGUGAUGCAAUUAUGGUGGACAAAGGGUUUAAGUUCACCCACCUUCCUCCCGAUGUUAAAGUGUACUGCCCAGAGUUCCGCCAGCCUCACGAGCUACAAAUGAAGAGAGAAGCUGUACUUGGGACAAGACAAAUAGCAGGUGCACGCGUUCAUGUGGAGAGAGUGAUUGGAAGAGUGAAACAAUUCCACAUACUUCAGACACCACUACCAAUCUCAAUGAUAGACGUUGCCGAACAAAUUUUUCAUGUCUGCUGCUAUUUAAGCAAUUUUCGUCCCCCCCUAAUCCUGAAUAGAAUGGCUGCCAGUGCGGACACCCCAACUGUAGUUGUGUCUCGUGCAGAUGAGCAUCCCGUUCUAGAAGCUGUUAGUGUGGCGGCUGCGAAUGAACGUGGUGUUGGUGGCCGUACUCCUGACACAGUCGUGGCGUCUCCCGACAAUGCUUCUCCCAGUGGUGAGGUCAUUGUCAAGGGAGCUGCUGUAACUCAUACUGAGGCAGUGGUCGCAGUUAGUGACGGGGAUGCUGGUGGUGAUGCUGGAGUUGGGGGUGAUGGGGACAGUGUACCGUCUUCUAGCUCCGACAGGUUAGUUAUUGACCUUGAGUUAGAUGAGAAAGGUGCAGUUGCCGACGCGAUGGAUUUCAUCGGACCUGCAGCGAAGAAGAAGCGCCAAGCAUCCGAGGGGUCUGCAGUGCGAGAUUCCUAA